AUGAAAGUCCCCACGAUACAUGCGGCAGAUGCCGUACUACUUUUAUCCUUAUUGGUAGCUCCUCUACCAACAGCUGCAAUGCUUAACUGCGAAUCUGUCGUUGCUGAUAAGCAAAUGUUCAACCUUAAGGCUCUCGGAGGCCCACACUCCAUCAUGACGAGUCGCAUCCUAGACGGCAAAGUCCAUAAUAUGACAUAUACCGUAGAUAUUUGUCGAUCCCUUGGCAAGAAGAAAGGUGCGAAGAAGGGCGAAGAAUGUCCUAAUGGAACUCGAGCAUGCGCCAUUAAGCGCGUAGACGACCAUAUCGACAAAGCCAUCCCGAUCGCCGGCGAAUUAAGAGACCAUGGCGGGGGUGACUUGGAUCAUGAGGUGACGCGGCUCAAGACCUCGGAUUCGAAUUCUGACUCGCAGAAGGAGGGUGUACUCUUGGUGAUGAAGGGAGGCUUCGACAGGACAGAUAGCGGAGUCAAACGAAAGCAGAGGGCCAUCAUAGAAUUCCUCUGCGACAAAGAUCGCAACGGGACCGAAGGCGAAUACGAUCCUACCGACGAUAAAUAUGAACCUAGCCCUGACCCGGCCAUGGCUCGGGUAAAUCCGCUCCUAUUUCGAGCCGAGGACGGUGACGGAGAUGGCGGAGACGACAAUGGCGACGGUGAUGGUGAUGACGAACCACCGAAAGAGGUUCAGCUCGGCCUUGAGAACGACCCGAGUUUGAAAUUCAACAGCUACGAACCGCUAAGCGAGGAUGGGAAUAUCGAUGUCCUGCGGUUGACUUGGUUAUCUAAAUAUGCUUGCGAGAAUAGGGACAACGAUGACUCGGGCGAAAGCCCAAGUUCGCACUGGGGUUUCUUCACGUGGCUGGUUAUCAUCGUCUUCCUUGGGACUGCGGCCUAUCUCGUCUUUGGCUCGUGGCUCAACUACAACCGCUACGGGGCUCGAGGCUGGGACCUUAUCCCGCACGGCGACACCAUCCGCGACAUUCCGUACCUACUUAAGGACUGGACUAGGAGGGUGCUUAACACGGUGCAGGGAAGCGGGAGUCGCGGAGGCUACAGCGCCGUUUGA